AUGAACGUGAAUUGGAUCACACACCUCGAAAAUCUGCUCGACAAAAAAAGAAGCCGAGGGAGAAGCCGAGAAAGAAGCGACCACGCGAAAGCGAUUAAGACAGAAAGGAAGGCGCACAACCAUAGUAGCCACCAGGAGUGUAGUAGUGCCCCCUUGAGUAAGCAACAUGUGGAAGGAGACCAUUUGGGGAGCACCCCGGAGUGCGACUACCAACAGUUGCACGCGUACCGCAUAGAGAAAGCCAUCAUAGAAAACUACAAAAAGGAACAGAUAAAGGAGUUAUAUCCGUGGCAGGUAGAAUGUCUAAGUCAGCUGAAAACGGUUAGGUGGGAGGAAGGGGAAAGCUUCCUUUUCGUGGCUCCAACGUCAGGUGGUAAAACCCUCGUGGCUGAAAUUUUUGCCUUUGAGCAGAUGGACAAGACGGAAAAGACCUUUUUUUUAUUUCCCCUAAAUUCGCUAAUAAAUGAAAAGAUGAGCUAUUUGAAGAAGCUGUGCAGGGGGACGAACAUCAAGGUGGGUAGUGAGUUGGCAGAAAAUGACAUCGUGUUGUGUACCUACGAAAAAAUGAACAAUUAUUUGAACAGGAAUAAGUUGGAGCGGGAAGAGGAGGGCAUGGACGUGGGCGUGGGUAUCAACGCUGGCACCGGCAUGGGCAUGAACGCUGGCGCCGGCAUGGGUAUCAACGCUGGCGCCGGCAUGAACGCCGGCAUGGGCGUGGGCUGCUGGCCGCCCCAAGGAAGCAGCGCCAACCCAGGGGGACACGCCUGCCACAACUUCAUCGUGGUGAUCGACGAGUUCCACCUGAUCAGCGAAAAGGGAAGAGGAAUCUACAUCGAAAAUAUCAUUUCCAAAAUCAUGUUCCUCAACAAAAAGCAAGCUAAGAUAAAGAUCAUAUGCAUGAGUGGUACCCUAAAUAAUUUCCCUACCUUAAAAAAAUGGAUGAAUGCUAAAAUAUAUAUCUCUCCGUAUACACGUCCCCAAGAGAUAAAGGAGCAUUACAUUUGUAACUGUGGUGUGUAUCGAAAGGAGAAGGAAGGAUGCCCCUUUUCCUACCUCUGUAAUGUGUAUGAUUUUUAUCGAUCAUGUUCGGACAGACAUGGUGAAGAAGGAGCUAGACGAUGCCUCUACAAUGCUACAAGUGUUAACACUUUGAAGAAGUGCAACCUGAGUGAAGAAAUUAACAUAUUUCAUGAGAAUACAAAAAAUAACAUUACUCAAUUUUUGAAGAUGAGGAACCCUUCUGUGAACAACAGCCUCGUGCAUUCACUCCUCUGCUUCUCAGUACACAGUCGAGUGAAUAAUUUAAACACCCUUAUCUUUUGCUCGACGAAAAAAAAUUGCGAAGUGUAUGUGAGUUUGAUUAAUCAGUAUUUGAGUGCAUUUCCUGUUGGGGACACCUCGGAGGAAGUGAAGCUCAGGAGGGAUAAACUGAAUGAGAGCAUACGUCAGCUGGAUGGCUACGCACACAGUACCAUGAGCAAGUUAGUGUCUAACGGGAUCUGCUACUACUACAGUGACAUCACGAACUCGGUUAAACGGCUAAUCGAGGUGGCGUACAAGGAGAAGACGCUCUUUUUGCUCACAUGCACAUCGACUCUCUCCGUUGGACUGAACCUGCUCGUGGAUCGAGUUUUAAUAUCAUCUCCCUUCAUCGCCCAGAACUUCCUAAGUGUCACACAGUAUAGGCAGAUGAUUGGCAGGGCGGCGAGGCAGAAGAAGGGAGACUCCUUUUUGCUCGUGGAGAAGAAACAUGAAAAAAAGAUGCUUCAGAUAUUUCAGGAGAAUUGUACGAACAUUACGAGCACCAUGAGUGAUGGGGGUUCUCUGGAGGAGAUGGAAAAAUACUUAAUUGAGUUUCUCUGCCUGAUGGAUGCGCAGCCUGUGUCUGUGCGCGACGUGGUUGCGAUGCUGUCUUUCUCGCUCUGCUUCGCGGAGGUGGCGCUAUCGGGGGGGGCUCUAUCGGGGGAGGCGCUAUCGGGGGAGGCGCUCUCGAGAGAAUCACUUUCUAGGGCAUCGCUCUCCAGGGCAUCGCUCUCCAGGGCAUCGCUCUCCAGGGCAUCGCUCUCCAGGGCAUCGCUCUCCAGGGCAUCGCUCUCCAGGGCAUCGCUCUCCAGGGAAUCGCUCUCCAGGGAAUCGCUCUCCAGGGAAUCGCUCUCCAGGGAAUCGCUUUCUAGGACGCCUCCCCCCCAGCGCGAACCACCCAGGUGCCCCCUCGAAGUGGACGAAGAGAACUUCACCCCCAGUGAACGAAUCUUUUACGAAGCAAAGAAGGAGCAAAUACACGCCGUCCUAAAUGUACUAAUCCAGCACAAGUGUGUUCAGGUGGAGAGUAACCGAAGAACCCUCCGCCUCACGAACUUCUGCAGAUCCUUAUGUGUCAGUAACUUCACUGUAUCCAUCGGAUCUGAGUUGUUAUCCGAAGUAAGAAGCUACGACAAGUUGUACCUCUUCAACUACAGCUUUCACCUCUGUUAUAUAUGCUCAGCACAUAAUUUGAAUAUCGCCUCCUUUUCCUACUACCUCCCCUUCCUCAAAAAUUUAAUCGCCAUGAUCUGCUCGGAUAAUUACACAAAGCAUGUCAUUUUUCACGUUUUAAAAUUCGAUAGUGAUAUUAUUAACAUGCUAUCUUUGAGAAAUCAGAAUAAUUGUUUUUGGAAAAAGAAGAAGAGAUUUUUUUCUGAUGAUAAAGUGGAGAGGAAACACAACAAGCUGUAUCUUUCCAUUCUUCUCUUUCUGUAUUUGAAGGGGACAACCUGUUCCGUUCUCUGCUCUCUUUUUAAGAUAACAGAGGAUGUAUUUCAAUCUGUCUUGCAACACACGUAUAUGCAUGUUCAUAUUUUGAUUUCCUUUUUUGACCGACUGGAUGAGUGGAUCAUCUCGAGUUUGCUGAGGAAGUUCCUCCUGAACUUCAAGUCCUGUAGAGUCUCUUCGGAGGACGCAGGGCGUGCGAAGGGGUCCAGGGGGCGCAGAGCCAUCCACGCGGGGAGAUUCAGAUGGGGCAAGCGCAAGAACGACGCGGGGGAGGGGUUCAAGAUGAGCGGUCCAUUUGAGAGGUUCAAGAUGAGCGGUCCAUUUGAGCGGUUCGGUAGAGCGGUCUAG